CUCCUCACCUCUGCGGGCUCAAAUGUUUAUCUCGGCGAGAGCCCUUACGAGAAUGGAUUACUUGCAUCUUCUAUCCGUGGCUGCUGCACUCCCCGCCAUCUGCCUGAAUGCAGCUGCACUGAGCCAUGAAUCCCACCCAGCAUUCAUCCCUGCAGCCGCCCAGGCCGUCAGACGAACAACGCCCUUCUCAGGCACCCAUCCCUCUCCCCUUUCCCACCCCGUCACCACUUUCGUCGUCUCGCCGCCGUGCAGAUCUGUGCUGCAACCGCUCUAUGCUGAGGACGACGCGCAGCCAGCCAACACACUCACGGAGGAGCGGAGGAAGCAAGAUGGCGGCAAUGAUGACAAUGGCGGCCUGACCUGGCCGCGGCAGCUGCUGAGAGCCCUUUAUCAGGUGCUGGGCGUGUUGGUUGCAGUCUAUGGUGUCGUUCACGUGCUGGCAGCAUGGUGAGCACCGCACCGCAUCGAAACAAACAACACAUACAUCGACAUGUGUGUCAUGCGGCCGAGCACCUACAUCGCAUACAGUACGUGUGUGCUGCAGGAAUGUAGCUGGGUGGAUUCUGCCCACGAGCAUGCUGCCGGAUGCGGCGGGCGGGACAGAGCACCUGCUGCAGUGAGUGAGCUGAGCACGAGAGAGAGGGACAGACAGAUCUCUGCGUGUCCGUGUGAUCUGACAUGAUGCGAUGCAGGUGGCGGGGCGUGUCGAUGCUGCCGCUGGCCGCCUCUUUUGUCGCGCUCGGUGAGCCGAGCUGCAGUGGCUUAACGAACUGCAAGGUGUCUGUCCCUGUGGCUGCUUUGCAUAUACCAGAGGACGCCACAGCCAAUGAGCGGCUGAAGAGCGCCACAUACGGGAGGCUGAAUCUGGGCGCCGCCUUCUACGGCAUCGCUUCCUUUGUCACCUUCGCCCUUCUCAGCGGGGCUGUCACCUUCGGCCCACUGGCCUUCAUCGUCAGCACCAUUCUGGGACAGCAGACGUGAGCCUAAAUAAAUAGAAAAGCCUCCACACGCUCACACUCUGUGUGCGGUGCGGGUGGAUGGCUUUGGAUGUAUGGUAUGUGCCUGCAGUGCCCUGGGUGUUGCCGAUGCCUCUCUUGGGUUGGCGUCGACCGUUGUGGGCGUGUGGGGCUUGCUGACGGGCCUGCGUGACAAGGGCUCGCGGGACCUCCUGGGAGAGAUCUCAGACGCAUUCAGAUCGGUAGGGUAGGCGGGCGGGGCGGCACGGCACACGCACCACCCAUCCAUCCACGAUACGUGUAUGCAGGUGGGUGAUGGUUACGUGUGUCUGUUUGACUCGAGCAAGACCAACUGGAAGAGCGCCUGCUACCGCCUGCUGGCCAUCCCCAUCUUCCUCGUCCUCAUCGUCACCGUCACAAACCCAUUCGUAUUCCUAAGGAUCUUCGCUGAGGUCACUCACACGCACAUGAAUGACACACCACGACCGACACUCGUGUGCUCGGCUGCAGUCGUGUCGUUUUCUGUCUGUCUGUGUGUGUCCUCCAGGAGUCGUCUGACCUAGGGGCGGCCAUUCCUAUCGCGUCAUUAUCGCAAAGGGGCAUACUGUCAGCUGGGAGGCUGCUGGGGGCGCAGCUGCUGCCGGUGCUGGCGGUCUUGUGGGUGCUACAGGUAAGUGAGGAGGUGUGCGGGCCGCCCGGACCACGCCCGAUAAAUGGAGGGUCUGGUGUGUGUGUGUGUGUGUGUGUGUCGUCUGUCUGUCUGCAGGAUGCGGCACAGAGGGGCCGGUUGGCAAGCGGGACAUUCAAAAAGGUCGGUUUGCUCAACGCAGCCGCGCAUCAUCGCGUCAUCGUCUAGAGCUCUGUGGGUGUCUGUUUGUGUCAGCUGAACUUCUCGUUGGCCAACAGCGGCGUUGCCAUGCUCAUCGCAGAGGCCCUCCAGCCGAUAUCAAGCAUGGUCAGGCACACACCCACACCCACACCCAUAUCACUCUCCCGUCCGUCUGGCUGUCUGUGUGUUGUGUGUGCAGGCUGGCUAUGUGUUCGUCAUGCUGCCGACGGUGUUGGCGGGGGCGCUGGGCGGCCUGCUCUAUGUCAGAGAGAAGAAGAAGGGCAAGUGAGUGAAGAGCUGACUUGCCGGGCGAAGUGCGUGUGUGUGCGUGUGGUUCUGGAGAAAUAUGGCCUGUUACCAGCGUGUGGGCGGUGCAUGUGACAUAAGACUGUGUGCACGGUCGACAAAAGACGGUUGGCUGCAUCCGACAAUCAUUCCAUUCGUCAAGGUUGGUACACA